AUGGAUGGUGAACUGUGGCGAAAAAAUCUUGUUGGGGUGGACAAGUGUGCAGGAGAUCCUGUAGCCAGUGUCGAUGUAGGCUGUUCAACUAUUGAAGAAAGUCUCAAUGGCCCGUCAACAACAAGUCCCCCAUCCACGAUCGUCUCCGCUUCGCCGGCCGACAGCCCCACAACAGAAGGAACCGUUCUGGUCGUAUGGGCACCCGGAGAUCCUGAAAACCCUCAAAAUUGGUCGAUCGCUAGGAAAUGGUCCAUCACGGUUUUCUGCUCCGUUUUGACCCUCAACGUCACGAUUGCCUCCUCGGGCCCCUCAUCAGCUACUGAGGCAAUCAUGAGCGAAUUCAACGUGUCUUCGGUCGUUGCAACACUAGUGACCUCACUUUUCUUGUGCGGAUAUGUUGCAGGGCCGAUCAUUUGGGCCCCGCUGUCAGAGAUGAUCGGGCGCCGGCACGUAUUCAUUGGUACCAUGGGCUUAUACUUCAUCCUUCAAGUGCCCAUAGCCGUCCCAGAUUCCAACCUGGCGACGAUCAUGACGUUCCGCUUCCUCACUGGACUUUUUGCUUCGGCACCAAUCUCUAAUUCGGGUGGGGUGGUAGCGGAUAUUUGGGAUGCAGUUCAUAGAAAUGAUGCCAUCUCUUUUUUCACGGCCUCGGCCUUCAUUGGCCCUGCAAUCGGGCCAGUUGUUUCGAGCUUUAUUGUGGAAUCAUCUCUGGGAUACCGUUGGAUUUUCUGGGUCUUAAUGAUCGGAGGAGGCGCAUCUUGGCUGGCAUCACUGAUGCUCUUACCAGAAACGUAUUCACCAAUUUUAUUGGACCGCAGAGCGAAGAAGCUACGCCAAGAAACUGGGGACUCCAAAUAUUACUCUGCUCAUGAAAAAGCUGAUUACUCUCUCAAAGCAAUUGUUCGACGGACGCUCCUUCGGCCUUUUGAAAUGCUGAUCACAGAACCUAUUCUUCUACUCGUAACUCUGUACCUGGCUUUAGUAUAUGGACUACUCUAUGGACUCUUCGAAGCAUUUCCUGUGAUUUGGGGAGAAACUCGGGGUUUCACUCCAUGGCAAACAAGUUUGGUCUUCGUAGGGGUUGGCAUUGGAUCCGUGCUCGGUGCAAUUAUGAAUGUCUAUCUUGCCCUCCCAAUGGUUAGAAUAGUCGAAAAAUGGCACGGUCAUCCGCCUUGCGAAAUGAAUCUUUACGGAGCCAUGGCCUCUGCCCCCAUGCUCGUCAUUGGAAUCUUGUGGCUUGGUUGGACUGGAGAAUACGCGGCGGUCCCGUGGUGGGUUCCCGCUCUCGCAACAAUAUUGCUCGGAAUCACAUUCACAUCGGUAUUCAUUUCAUUCCAGUCGUAUUUGGUUGAUGUCUACCUUAUGUAUGCGGCAUCUGCUCUCGCUGCAACGACCAUCUUUCGAUCUAUGCUCGGAGCAGCAUUUCCCUUGUUCAUGCGACAAAUGCUUCAUGGAAUGGGAACGCAAUGGGCUUGCACAUUGAUUGGUUGCGUUUCCCUGGUGCUCUUGCCGAUCCCAUUCAUUUUUUACCAACAUGGAGCGAAACUUAGGGUCGGCUCCCACUUCGCGCCGGCCCUGGAUGUUAAAAUGAGGGCAAGGAUCGCAGAGGAGGAGAUGGAAGAAAAAAACCAAACGCUGGAGAAGCAAGUUUGA